UCCUGGACCGUUCAGCAUCAUUCAAGCACGCAUAUAAAAGACGGUUGCGUGUGGGUAAUCCAACGUCGAAGGUGAGAAUCGGUGGAGAUCACAGCAGGGUGUGGAUUGUGUUGUUUAAGCACUCCUCAGAUCUAGGAUUCCAUACUCCUCUUCUUUUGAGGCUCCGCUCCAUCUAUCUCAAGAUGAUCAGAAAAGAGCCUCCUCAUUCAGAAGAUCUGCCAUACAGAGCGUCUUCGUCGUCGACCUCUCCACAUGUAGGUGAUAAUGGUGGAACCAAAAGGCUGGAAGAAGAAAGUGAAUACGAAGUGUUCUUGAGCUUUAGAGGGGAAGACACUCGCAAAGGCUUCACCGGUCACCUCUAUACUAGCCUUGUUGAUGCAGGAAUUCGCGCGUAUAGAGACAACGAUGAGCUCCGAGUUGGUGACGAGAUUGGUACGGAGCUUCUCCGCAGUAUCACACAGUCUAAGAUUUCGAUCCCGAUUAUAUCUGAGGAUUACGCUUCCAGCAAAUGGUGCCUUCAAGAGCUGGCUCAGAUGUUGAAGUGCAGGAAAAGUGGAGAGCAAGUAGUGUUGCCCAUAUUUUACAAAGUGAAACCCUCACAAGUGCGAGAUCCCAAGGGGAAAUUUGGAGAUGCCAUCAAUGCACAUAAAAAGAAUUUGGGUCAAGAGGUUGUGAAGGAAUGGGAAGAAGCGCUCAAUGAAGUCAGUUCCUUAAAAGGAUGGGAAUCGGAGAAAAUAGAUGAUGGGUAUGAAGCAACAUUAGUGAAAAUGGUCGGCAUAAGAGUUAUGGGUGAGUUAAAAAGACUUUUCGACUUAAGUGUUCCCGAACAGUUGGUGGGAACCGAUGAUAGUGUGGAACAAAUCAUGAGCAAGAUAGAUGCUAAUUUCAAUGGUACAUGGAUCAUUGGAAUUCAUGGAAUGGGCGGUAUCGGUAAGACAACUCUUGCAAAGGUGUUAUACAACAAGCUGUUUAGCAAUUUUGAGAAUCGUAGCUUUGUGGCUGAUAUUCGAGAAAGAUCUCAACGCAAUGGUAUUGUAUGCCUACAAAAUGAGCUCAUUUCUAAUGUGAUAAGAGGAUCGGAGGUGUCUAAUGUCGAUGAUGGAAUCCGUGUACUCAAAUCUCGAUGUAAAAGUAAGAAAGUCCUCGCUCUUCUUGAUGAUAUGGAUGAUACUACUCACUUGGAUGCUUUGGUCGGAGACGGUAGUUGGUUUAAAGUGGGAAGUAUAGUCAUUAUCACAACUAGAAACAAGAGUAUUCUUGACAAGGUUAGGGCUAGCCACUUAUAUGAACUUGAACAGUUGCCUCCGAAUCAAUCGUUGAUUUUAUUUAGUAGACAUGCAUUUCGAAAUGAUUUUCCUUCGAGUGAUUAUAAGCAUAUCUCUCAUGAUAUUGUAUCUAUUACUGGGGGUCUUCCUUUAGCACUUGAAGUUAUAGGCUCAUGCUUAUGUGGAAAGACAAAGGCAACAUGGAAAGAUACAUCAGAGAAAUUGAAGAAAAUUCCUGCUAAGGAAGUGCAAGAGAGGUUGAAGAUAAGUUACGACGCAUUAGAUUAUGAAGAGCAACAGAUUUUUUUGGAUAUAGCAUGUUUUUUCAUUGGAAUUUCUAAACAAAAUCCGACUUAUAUGUGGGAUGCCUGUGGUUUUUACCCAGGGAAAGGGAUUGAAGUAUUAAGUCUUAUGUCCCUAAUUAAAAUUGGCGAAUAUGGCGAGCUAAUGAUGCAUGAUCAACUGAGAGAUCUUGGAAGGGAAAUUGUUCGUUUAGAAAAUCGAAAGGAGCCUGGAGAACGUAGUCGGUUAUGGAUUGAUGAGGAAACCAAAAAUGUACUUGAGAGCAACAAGGGCACUUGUGAGAUUGAGGCCCUUCUUCUUGGCCAUUAUAGCCCGCUAAGCUUUGACCGGAUUAGGCAUGAAGGCGAUUAUGGCUGGAGAAGCUGUAACCAGAAAAGCUAUCGAGGUGAACAAUUUGACAAACUCACCAACUUGAGGUUCCUUCUAGUGAAGGAUAUAAAAUUCACUGGAGAUUUCCAAAACUCACUUGCUCAAUUAAGAUGGCUUCAAUGGAGGGGUUGUACCUUGGAUUUUGAAGUAGUCAACUUUCAUCCGAAGAAAUUAGCCAUGCUUGACCUAUCAUCGAGUAACAUUUCAGAGGAUUGGGGAGGAUGGGGUCCACUCAAGAUGGCCACCGAGUUGAAAGUUCUCAACCUCUCAAAUUGUUGCAAUUUGAGAAGAACUCCCGACUUGUCUGCUUUCAAAAGCUUGGAGAUUUUGAAUCUUAAAAUGUGUUUCAAUCUAAAAGAAAUUCAUCAUUCUAUAUGCUAUAUCGAGACCCUUGUCCAUUUGAAUCUUCCUUAUUGUUCUAAACUAGAGAAGCUACCAGCAAGAGUAGGGAGAAUGGAAGAAUCGAGGGAGCUUCUAUGUUACGAUAAACCUGCUCAGCUUCUUAAAUCCAUUGGUUCCUUUAAGUCAUUAACUAAGCUAUACUUAUCUAACACAUCUAUUAAAGAAUUACCCGAAUUCAUUGGUUCUAUGGAGGCACUAGAGACUCUUAUUAUUGUUGGCUGUCAAUUAUUAUAUCACAUACCUAACUCCAUAGGCAAUCUAGCAUCUCUAUCUGUAUUUUACAUAAAUAACUCUCCGUUGAGAGAGAUCCCCGACUCGAUUGGAAAGUUGCAAUCAUUGGUUGAGCUAGAUUUAUCACGGACACGGAUUACAAAAUUACCAGAGAGUAUUGGGAAUUUGCAAAAUUUGAGGGAAUUAAACAUUAAAACAACUCCCAUGACAGAAUUACCAGAAAGUAUUGGGAAUUUGCAGUCGUUGGUUGAGCUAGAUUUAUCACGGACACGGAUUACAAAAUUACCAGAGAGUAUUGGGAAUUUGCAAAAUUUGAGGGAAUUAAACAUUGAAUCAAUUGCCGUGACAGAAUUACCAGAAAGUAUUGGGAAUUUGCAGUCGUUGGUUGAGCUAGAUUUAUCACGGACACAGAUUACAAAAUUACCAGAGAGUCUUGGAAAUUUGCAAAAUUUGAGGGAAUUAAACAUUAAAACAACUCCCGUGACAGAAUUGCCUAGUGCCAUUGGAAAGCUGGCGAAACUCUACCGGUUGAAGGCAUCGUACGGACGUCUGGAAGGACUGCCUAGUAGCAUAGGCGAGCUGGUUUCGCUAAAUGAGCUUCAUUUAGAAGGGUCGGGCAUUCGGGGCUUGCCAGAAGGUAUUUCGAAGCUCUCUUCUCUCCGGCUUCUGAACGUUCGGAAUUGCAAAAACCUUCAAGAAGUACCGGAACCGUUCUUUAGCUUAACAGCUCUGGAGAGACCCCUGUUGAUUCGCGAUCGCGACUAUCCCGCCAUCAGGGUAAGAAAAGACACCAAAUGGCGGCUUGAUGAUUGGCUCCUUACAACGAGCUCAGGCACUCCAUCCAGUCGCAACAUUAAGCGAAGAAGGAGACUCUCUCUCUGAUGAGGCAACGAGCGCAAUCACUCCAGCAGUCGCAACAUCAAGCGAAGAAGGAGACCCUCUCUCUCUCUCUCUCUCUCUUGGCCGUAUAAAUUUCGGCGACCGAACACGACCAUUGCAAAAUCAAGCGAAGAAGGAGACCCUCUCUUUGAUGAGGCAACGAACCCGACCAUUGCAAAAUCAAGCGAAGAAGGAGACCCCCUCUCUCUCUCUCUCUCUCUCUGAGCUUGUAAAAACUCUAGCUGAAGGAAGCUUCUGGAGGCAAAGUAC